GGUAAAAUACUGCCAACAAAAAGUCAUGUUUUUAACACAUUUUGUUUAGUUUGAGAAAGAAACUGAGCAACGCUUCUGAACGAGGAGCCGUUUGGGAUUCGAUUAAUUCUGCUCGUGUUUUUGAGCCGAGUCAUUCGUUAGACUCACUGAAUCGAUUCAGAAUACACAUCACUUACAGGAAGGGAACAGGUAAACUUUAGUCAGGAGGAGGAUCAAACACGCAGCACGAUACACUCAUUCCAUUCCUCACUUCUGCUUUUUCUUUUGUCUUGACGAGACUUAAGUGUGCAGGUCCUAAAAUGGCUUUGGAACCAUUAAGAUCGACUUUAGCGACCAUGGAGGUUAGAGAGACCUCUUUAGCGUUGCCUUCUGAGGGUUCUUACCGCUCGGGACAGCAGCGCGUAUUGGAGCAGGUCAGCACCAUGAGAAGGAACAAGGGCAGCAAGUACGGCAGCAAAGGAUCCACAGGAACCCUCUCUCCUACCAGCCCGAAGAGUGACAGUGUGUUCCUGGAUUUUAAGUACUCCCAUUAUCAAAAUGGAUCGGCCCCUUUGUUUGAGAGCUCCAUGACAAACGGAGCUGUAAAAAUGAGACAGCAAAAUCAAGGGGUUAUGCAAAGAAGCGUUAGCGCCAGAUCUGCCAGCUAUCAGAGGAGCCAAAGAAGCCUGAGUGGAAGCAACAUGUUUCCUAGUAGCCCCACAACUAUAAGUCCACCCUAUAGCCCACCUGAACCUUACUUCGCUAGUACUGGUAAUCUUGGCUAUGCUGCUGUUUCUAAUAACCGCUGGACCCGGAGCAUCAAACAAGCGAAAGGUACAGAGAGGUACAGCCAGUAUCCUCUUAACAGAAAUGGCCAGAUCAUGGCAAACAACAGCAUUCAUAGAAACGGAAACAGCAGUCAGUUCUAUUCCAACCAGGCCAUUAGUAGAAGGCCUCUUUCUACCCACUCCAACCCAGAACCCAAGUUCUCCACGGUGACCAGGAGCAAGAGCGAGAUGACCGGAAUGAACGGAGAGACAGGCUCUGCCGAGAUCACAUUAGCUGAUGCGGUGAACUGGCUCAGAGUUGAUGAUAAGAAUUAUCAGUUGCGUGGUGCUUCCUUUAUUCAGCACAGCACGUUCAGUGACAACAAGGCCAAGGAGGAGGUACUAAAACUGAAUGGCAUCGAAUUCCUAAUGUCCCUUCUUAAAAGCUCCAACAUUGAAAUCCAGGAGGCGUCUGCGUCCGCCCUGCGUAACCUUGUCCUCAAACACCAAGCCAACAAAGACGAGUUGCGGCGCUUGAAUGGGGUGACCCAAGUCUCGAACUUGCUUCAGGAGUCUGACAGUCUUCAGCUUCAAAAACACUUGACCGGUCUUCUGUGGAACCUGUCCUCAGCAGAGAGCAUUCAACCCAGUCUACUACCUCAGAGUGUGCCAAUUCUCACUCGAAAAGUUCUGCAGCCAUAUGCAGCUCCCUCAGAGAUUACAGAAAAUUCUGAACUGCAAGAUGAGAUCUUCUGCUAUGCUACAGGAUGCCUACGGAAUUUAAGCUGUGGCACGAAAAACAUCAGACAAGCUUUGCGCAAAUGUGAGGGCCUUAUCGACUCGCUUGUCAAACACAUGCAGGUCUUCUUGGAUAAAGAGAGUUAUAAUGAUAAGUCUGUGGAGAACUGUGUGUGUAUUCUGCACAACCUUACCUAUCAUCUGGAUACAGAAGAAACUUACUUGUUCCACAAGAUGUUACCACAAGUUAAAGCUUUAGGUACUAAUGACACAGACAUGGGCCCCAUAGGCUGCUUCAGCAACCAGAGUCGAAAACUGCAGCAGAGUGGUGUAGACUUGUCACUGUUGGAGGAACACAACCCCAAAGGCAGCGGACUACUUAUUCAUUCACAGACACUGCAGUUAUAUCUGCAUCUGCUGAGCUCCAGCAAGAAUGGUACCACUCUGGAGGCAUGCUGUGGAGCGCUGCAUAACCUCACCGCCAAGAAGGAACCUUUGUCAGAUAUAUUUAGUCAGAUCAUCGUACAGAGGUUGAAUGGUAUGGAGCACAUCUCAACUUUGCUGAACUCAGACAACGCAAAUUUAAAGAGAGACAUCAUGACACUGGUGGGGAACCUCUCCCGACCACCAAGUGUUCACAGAACAAUAGCUCGCCAUGGUGUUUGCGGAGUCCUUGAUAACUUAAGCUCUGCCAUUUCAAGUGGUGCUAAAGAGUCACCUCAAUCUGACAGCACUAUAGCGAUGACCUGCAACACGGCAAACACCCUGCUGAUGGCAGAUCCUGAGUUGGCAGGAAAGAGUCUAAAACCCGACUUGAUCAACUCACUGACUGAGCUUAGUCAGAAAACAACCAUGCCCAAGGCACAACAGGCAGCAGCACUUCUCCUUCACAGCCUUUGGUCUGAGAAAAACAUUCAGCCUCAUCUCAAGAAGCUAAAGUUCAACAAGCAGACUUUUGUGAAUGAAACAACUUUGUCUUAUCUGAAGUCUGCUCUGGUUAUUGAAUAAGAUGACCAUCCUGCAGUUGAUAUCCAAGCUCAGCACAGGACAGCUAAAAGAUCAUCAGAAAUUAUUAAAAAAAAAACAUUCAUCAGUAGAGUUUUAGCAUGGUCUCUAAUUACUAAUGACGUCUCUGUAAAAGGCAGCCGAAGAGAAUGUAAAUGAGCUUUGGAGCAUUGAGUUUGCACAAUGAAUGAAAAGAUUGUCUUUUGCUUCAUCUUUUUGUAAUUUCUUGUUAACUUCUUUGUUGCAUAAAAGCUGCAUCAAAAUCUUGUUUGUUUUUGGUUGUUAUUUUUGUAAAACAGCACUACAUUUUGUAUGUAUUAGAAGAAUUGCAAUUUAAAAUGAAUGGAAAAUGAAUGAUGUCUGCAGACAAUCGAAGGGGAUAAAUUGCAGUUUUUUAAUAUUUUCAUUUUUAUAAAAAAUAUAUAGGGUUUUGUUUAAAUGGAAACAUGUCAUAAAGUUUUUGGUUUUGGUUCCUGCCAGCCUAUAUAAGAUAAACAUUAGGGCGAGGUGUCAAAGGACACAAUGUAUUAUGUUUUGGUUAGUCAUGUUUUUCUGAUGCAUUGCCUUUAUAAGUCAUGCUCAUGCUUUUGUGUUACCUUGCUGUUUGAAGUGGGGUGCUAUUUGUCGGUCAUUUUUUUAAAAUACACACUCAGUAUAUAUGUUUCAGUUGUAUUUUUAGCAAAAAUCUAAUAAAGCAAACAAAAAGGUUA